AUGGAAGGAGAAGAAGAAGUAUUGAAGGAAAAGUGUUCCUUUGUAAGGGACGAAGUCCACUUCUUGGGACACAUCAUUAAAGAUGGAACUCUCUGCACAGAUCAAGGAAAAGUGAAGGCUAUCAAAGAGUGGGAACCUCCGAACAAGGUAUCUGAAUUGAGGUCAUUCCUUGGGUUGGCUAAUUACUAUCGAAGGUUUAUCAAGGGAUACUCUGCCAAGGCUGCACCAUUAACUGAUCUUCUCAAGAAGAACCACUCUUGGGAAUGGUCAAAGGAAUGUCAAAAGACUUUUGAUGAGUUGAAGGCUGCUAUCACAGAAGGACCAGUACUAGCACUACCCGACUACUCAAAGGUGUUUGAAGUCCACACUGAUGCUUCUGACUACGCUAUUGGAGGAGUUCUGAUGCAAGAAGGACAUCCUAUUGCCUUUGAGAGUUGCAAGUUGAAUGAUACAGAGAGGCGAUACACUGUCCAAGAGAAGGAGAUGACUGCGGUGGUGCAUUGUCUGAGAACUUGGCGUCACUACUUGCUUGGUUCACACUUCAUCGUCAAGACAGACAAUGUGGCUACAAGCUACUUCCAAACUCAAAAGAAGUUAAGCCCCAAACAAGCUAGGUGGCAAGACUUCUUGGCUGAGUUUGAUUUUGAAUUCGAAUACAAGUCAAGCAAGACUAAUGUGGUAGCAAAUGCGCUGAGUCGCAAGGCUGAGUUAGCGGCCAUUUCUAUGGUUGAAGGAGAUAUUAUGCAUAUCAUCAAGGAAGGGUUGCAUCACGAUCCAUUAGCUAAGAAGUUGGUGGAGUUGGCUAGAGAAGAUAUAGAUAAGAGUUGGAUUUCAAGGCCACAAGCUGGUGCAGAAUAUAGGAUCGGUUUGAAAAGAUUCUUAGACUUCGCAUUUGCUAAUGCUUCAUCUAAUGGGAUGAUACAUUGUUCAUGUCCUUCGUGUGGGUUUCGGCUUCUCCAAACUAGAGAGUAUGCCUACGAUCAUCUGCUGAUAAAACCUUUUCUCCCUUAUUAUACCUUUUGGUUACAUCACGGUGAGAGACGCGUAGUAAAGAACUCUUGUGGUAGACAAGAAGCAGAACCUUGUAGAGACAUCAGACAUCCAAUACGCGACAUGAUCUACGAGGCAUUCAACUUUUCAAGACUGAUUGGUGAUAAAGAAGACUCAAACAAUGAAUAUGCUGGAGGGGAUGCGGAAGAGUUGUCGUAUCUAUACGACAAACCUAGUUGCGAGGCCCGUAAUUUUCAGGACCUGCUUGAAGAUGGAGAGCAAGAAUUGUAUCCAAGAUGCUUAAAAUUCUCGAAGCUAUCUUUUUUUAUAAGGUUCUACCAUAUAAAGUGCAUGUGCGGAGUGAGCGAUAAGGCAUUUGAAAUGAUACUAGAGUUACUGGGGAGCCUUUGA